GUCUGAUUCCCAUCUAACGGCUCGUGAAAUUCUGAUCGGUUGCUUUUGACGGUGUAGAUUGCACCAGAAGAGUACAAGACUAGUGGGAGUGGUUACUCUCUUCGCUUCCAUUUCACAUCUCGUCGUCGAUCGGAUCCGGCUCCAGUUUGGUUAGUGUGCCGAAUUCUUGGAGGUUCAAUUGAUUAAGUUUAAUCUGGUGAUUAAAGCAGCGUUCUGUUAAAGAAGAAGAGAUGUGGGGGGUUGUUAGUCAAAAGGUUUUAGCGCAGUCCUUGCAACGCCUUCGCCCUGCAGCAUCAGCAUGGAGAGGUUUUGCCUCUGGAACAAAAGAGAUUAAUGUGAGAGAGGCUCUAAACUCUGCACUUGACGAAGAAAUGUCAGCUGAUCCUAAGGUCUUUUUGAUGGGUGAAGAGGUUGGAGAAUAUCAAGGUGCAUACAAGAUUUCCAAGGGGCUAUUGGAAAAGUAUGGCCCUGAGAGAGUUCUUGAUACCCCAAUUACAGAGGCUGGUUUUACAGGGAUCGGAGUUGGUGCUGCAUACUAUGGUCUUAAGCCUAUUGUGGAGUUUAUGACGUUCAACUUCUCAAUGCAGGCAAUCGAUCACAUUAUAAAUUCUGCUGCAAAAUCAAACUACAUGUCUGCUGGCCAGAUAUCUGUACCAAUUGUUUUCAGAGGACCCAAUGGUGCUGCUGCUGGAGUUGGUGCCCAACAUUCGCAUUGUUACGCAGCAUGGUAUGCCUCUUGCCCUGGUUUGAAAGUGCUAUCCCCGUAUUCAUCUGAAGAUGCCCGUGGACUGCUAAAAGCUGCAAUAAGGGACCCAGAUCCUGUUGUUUUUCUUGAAAAUGAGUUAUUGUAUGGUGAGUCCUUCCCCGUUUCUGAUGAGGUACUUGAUUCCAGCUUUUGCAUUCCGAUAGGGAAAGCUAAGAUUGAGAGGGAAGGAAAGGAUGUGACAAUUACAGCAUUUUCGAAAAUGGUUGGCUAUGCGCUCAAGGCAGCAGAGACACUUGAGAAAGAGGGAAUUAGUGCUGAGGUUAUAAACUUACGUUCCAUUAGGCCACUGGAUAGGGCCACAAUCAAUUCUUCUGUCAGGAAAACCGGCAGACUGGUAACAGUUGAAGAAGGAUUUCCUCAGCAUGGUGUUGGAGCUGAAAUCUGCACAUCUGUAGUUGAGGACAGCUUUGGUUAUCUUGAUGCCCCGGUUGAGAGAAUCACUGGAGCUGAUGUUCCCAUGCCAUACGCUGCCAAUCUUGAGAGAAUGGCUGUCCCACAGGUUGAAGAUAUAGUCCGUGCGGCCAAGAGAGCUUGCUACAGAUCUGUCCCAAUGGCAGCAACUGCCUAAAAGACUCUUAAAACUGUCUUAUUGCUAUCUUUUCAAUCCAGGUUGGUUCUACGUGGCUGCAUUCUUCUUUAAGUGCAUCUCCUGUCACAUAUAAGCCAUACAGUAUAUGCAAGACUUUGCCUAAAGUCUAGGCCUCCAUCAUGUGUAAUAAUCUUGUUUUUCUCUCCCCACUCCCAACUUUUUUUUUUCUUUUCUGGAAAUGGAGUCAUUGUACAUUUUUUUUAACCUUCGCCAACACUUUUGGGGAGGAAUUGGUCAUCGAAUAACUCGGAGAAGAGAAGGAAGAGAUGGCGGGAAAUUUUGUGGCUUUGUUGUGUUAAUUCGUUGAGUUACGUAGGAAUGAUACUAUUACUAUAGUUGGAAGCAAAAAUUCACAUUUUAAUUUGGACUGCUGUUCUAGUCCUCCUUUCUGAUCCGAGAA